AUGAUCGGUUCAUUAUCAUCUAUCUAUCUAUCUAUCUAUCUAUCUAUCUAUCUAUCUAUCUAUCUAUCUAUCUAUUUAGUAUUUUACAUCUAUCUAUCUAUCUAUCUAUCUAUCUAUCUAUCUAUCUAUCUAUCUAUAUACUUCAAUCUUUUCAUUAUCUAUCUGUCUAUCUGUCUUAUUUUACAUCUAUCUAUCUAUCUAUCUAUCUAUCUAUCUAUCUAUCUAUCUAUCUAUCUAUCUAUCUCUCUCUCUCUCUCUCUCUAUAUAUAUAUAUAUAUAUAUAUAUAUAUAUAUAUAUACAACUCAAUCUGUUCAUUAUGUAUCUAUCUAUCUAUCUAUCGAUCUAGGUAUUUUCAUCUAUCUAUCUAUCUAUCUAUCUAUCUAUCUAUCUAUCUAUCUAACUAUAUUUUUCAUCUAUCUAUCUAUCUAUCUAUCUAUCUAUCUAUCUAUCUAUCUAUCUAUCUAUCUUACAUGUCGGUCUAUAAUAUUUUUCAUAUUCCAACCACCUUCUUUUCUUUUUUUUUUCGUUCUUCUAAUUUCAUUCAGAUUUAUUCUUUCUUUCUUUCUUAUUUCUUUCAUUCUGUUAUUUUCUCACCUCAUUUCUUUUUCUCAUUCCUGGUUUCUUUUUCUUUAUAUUGCCACUUUCUCCCAUGCUUCUUUAUUUCUCUCUCUUUCUUCCUUCAUUCGCUCUUUCCUUCUUCCUAUGUCGUAGAGCGAUCACUUCUCUGUCCUCCCACAAACGACAGCGGUCCCAUCUUCCCAGUCGCGGCGCUCCAAUGGCUAGUUUCACAUGACCGAUCGCUCGGCACGUCCACACCAACAUCCGCCGCCAUUUUCACAGUCAUUCUCUCUUUAAUCCCCCGCCGACCCUCAUCGUCAUUAAGUCUUCUAUUCCUGUUCGCAUCAUUCCAAAACUUUUCAGUCAUAUUUUCUUUAUGUUUUAUUACAAUUUUUUUUUAUUCUUUCUUUUUUUCAUCUUUUAUAAUUAUGUUUUCUGAAACUUUCUUCGUUAUUUUUCAUUGGUCUUCUUUCUUUCAUUUUUAA